AAUACACCGCACUCAUGUUGCAACCCCACGAUGAUCCCACAACCCUUUCACACCUACUGCUACAUUGUCCCCAUGCCUUUGAUCAGUAAAGGGACCAUUGCCUAUAACGUGUCUACAGCUGUACCUGGUCCUUCGUAUAUGUAACUAUUUUAGUUAACACUUCAUUGCCAUUUUAAAUUAAUAAGCAUUAUAAGAACACCGACGAGAUGACAGUGAGGUAAUAAAGAAAGACAAUGAGCCCAAUUAGAAAUCCAACUGGGUUAUAAAUCCGACACCAGUCUCAUGUUUCCUUCUAUCCUUUUCUGACAUUCGCAACUUGUUAUAGCAACUAUCCCUUCCCUUCCUUCAUCCACUCUUCCAGUUUUCAGUACUACUGUUAGUAAUCCAAUUUUAACAGCUCUUUGUUCUGGGUAAACCAAAGCCAUGGCCUCCAUGGCUUCUACGUUCUUCCUUAGCUUCUUCUUCCUCGUACUUUGUCUAACAGUCACUGCCAAAAAAACCUACAUUGUUCACAUGAAACAUCAAGACAAGCCUCUUUCUUUUGAAACUCACCAUGAUUGGUACAGUUCAAGCUUGGAAUCACUCUCCGCCACCCCAGCUGACUCCCUCCUAUAUUCCUACACUACUACAUUCAAUGGCUUCGCUGCCAGUCUUGAUCCGGAACAAGCGGAGUCUCUUAUUAAAUCAGAUUCAGUUCUGGGUGUUUAUGAAGACACCGUUUACACUCUCCACACUACCCGUACCCCUCAAUUCCUGGGCCUUGAUGCUGACUUCGGGCUCUGGGCUGGCCAUAACGCCCAGCAGCUCGAACAAGCUUCUCGAGAUGUGAUCAUUGGAGUUCUAGACACAGGAGUUUGGCCAGAAUCUAAGAGCUUCGACGAUUCUGACAUGCCUGAAAUUCCUUCCAAAUGGCGUGGCGAGUGUGAAUCAGCUCCUGAUUUCAGUCCAAAACUUUGCAACAAGAAACUCAUUGGAGCAAGAAGCUUUUCCAAAGGUUACCAUAUGUCCACUGGCGGCGGUGGAAUUUACAAGAAACCCAGAGAGAUCGAAUCCCCACGUGACAAAGAUGGUCAUGGCACCCACACUGCCAGCACCGCAGCUGGUUCUCACGUGGCCAACGCUAACCUCCUCGGAUACGCCAGCGGAACUGCCCGUGGGAUGGCAACUCACGCCCGCGUCGCUACGUACAAGGUUUGCUGGGAAACUGGAUGCUUCGGAUCCGACAUUCUCGCCGGUAUGGAUCGUGCCAUCCAAGACGGUGUCGACGUCCUUUCAUUAUCCCUCGGUGGCGGAUCCGCACCGUAUUACCGCGACACCAUCGCUAUUGGAGCCUUCACGGCGAUGGAGAAGGGCAUUUUCGUCUCUUGCUCUGCUGGCAAUAGCGGGCCCACUAAGGCCACUCUUGCCAACGUGCCACCUUGGAUUAUGACUGUUGGCGCCGGGACUUUAGAUCGAGAUUUCCCUGCAUACGCCGUUUUGGGAAACAAAAUCCAUUAUAACGGCGUCUCGCUUUACAGUGGUCAAGGAAUGGGAAAGAAACCGGUUGGUUUGGUUUACGACAAUGGUAACAUUUCCAGCAAUUUAUGUUUGCCCGGUUCACUCGACCCGGCUUUGGUACGUGGGAAGGUAGUGAUUUGCGAUAGAGGAACAAACGCGCGUGUCGAAAAAGGAGCUGUCGUGCUCGACGCCGGCGGGGUGGGGAUGAUAUUAGCGAACACGCCGGUUAGCGGUGAGGAACUGGUGGCUGACAGUCACUUGUUACCUGGCGUGGCGGUGGGGAGAAAAGUUGGUGACUUGAUCAGGGAAUACGUACGGUCCGAUCCUAACCCGACGGCCGUGCUUGUUUUCGGUGGGACCGUGUUGAAUGUGCGGCCUUCGCCAGUUGUCGCUGCGUUUAGUUCGCGGGGACCCAAUACAGUGACACCGCAGAUCUUGAAGCCGGACGUAAUUGGGCCUGGAGUCAACAUAUUGGCUGCAUGGUCAGAGGCUAUUGGGCCCACUGGGUUGCCGAAGGACACUAGGAAGACUAAGUUCAAUAUUAUGUCAGGUACAUCCAUGUCCUGCCCUCACAUCAGUGGGCUAGCAGCAUUGCUCAAGGCAGCUCAUCCCGAAUGGAGCCCCAGUGCUAUCAAAUCCGCUCUCAUCACUACUGCCUACACCCAGGACAACACCAAUUCCUCUCUCAGGGAUGAUGCAGAUGGUUCAUUGUCUAACCCGUGGGCUCAUGGGGCUGGUCAUGUUGACCCCCAAAAAGCUCUCUCUCCAGGCCUAGUGUAUGACAUCUCUACAGAAGAAUACAUAGCAUUUUUGUGCUCACUGGGCUACACCAUUGAUCAUGUCAAUAUGAUAGUCAAGCGCCCUAAUAUUACAUGUUCCAGGAAAUUCAAUGACCCAGGUGAACUCAAUUACCCAUCAUUUUCAGUCUUUUUUGGGGACAAAAGGGUUGUCCGAUACACUCGCGAAUUGACGAAUGUAGGCCCUGCAAGGUCCAUUUACAACGUGACACUGAAUGGCCCAUCAACAGUAGGGAUCUCAGUUAGGCCCAGGACACUCACCUUUAGGAGCGUAGGGGAGAAGAAGAGAUACACGGUCACUUUUGUAGCUAAAAGAGGGACAAGUCCAAUGUCUAGAUCUGAAUUUGGUUCAAUAGUGUGGGGCAAUGCCCAAAACGAAGUUAAGAGCCCAGUUUCCUUCUCAUGGACAUUGUUGUGAGGAUUUGACUUUGACAACAUAACCCUGGGGCCGGUUUUCCAGUUAAUGAACCUCACACGGCACAAGUUUGCAUCCAAGUAAACCAGUGUAAAGGCCAUCAUCCAUGGAGGAAAACCAUAACACAUGGACCGUCCAGUCCUGAAGAAAAGUUGGAAUUGGGUAGAGUGUGUAAGUUUGCAAAUUUCGGUUUGGUUGGUUUAUUAGAAUGACAUAAUACUAAGUAUAAGAUUGAGCUUUUCACUUCUUAAUUUAUUCAUGAAACAAGGUUACCUUGAUUAUUGAGGGAUAUCAGGGGAUUGGAUAUCCAGCUAGCCUUUUUUCAUUAGCUAAACCGUCUGUACCAGAAUCUGUACCAGAAAUUUAUUAUUUGAUUACUUGAUGGUAUAAAAGUGACUCCUUUGCUAAAAGGUUCCC